AUGGAUAGUACGACCGCUAAAGUCAUCGAUAAAUCAUUAGACGAUUUUACGAAUAAAGAUCAUGAUAGCAUCAUCAUACACAGCAUAGCAACAAUAGAUCAAGCACCACCACACAAAGGCAGCACAUUUGAAAAGCUACUCUUCAAGCUAAAAGGCGACAUUUACGCAGCGGAUGAUCCUCGACAAUACUCUCUGGCAAAGAAAAAGCUAAUAGUAUUCAUUGUUGCAUUAGGCGGUAUCUAUGGUCCACUGUCUACUCUGAUCUAUUUACCUGGCAUUCUACAAAUGGCAAGAGAUUUAAAUGUAUCCAUCGAAGGCAUCAAUGCCACCAUGUCUGCUUAUGUUGCAUUGGCUGGCCUCACUCCUUUGUUCUGGUCAAGCAUUAGUGAUACGUACGGCAGAAGACCAGUCUAUAUCAUGAGCGUAUCUAUCGGCAUAGUGGCUUCCAUCCUCUGUGCUUCGUCUAAAAACAUAGCUAUGCUGAUUGUAUUUCGAGCUCUUCAAGCCAGCGGGGCAAGUUCAGGGCAGACACUCGGCGCUGGAUCCAUUGGAGAUGUCUUUGAUGUCGCUGAUCGCGGAAAAGCGUAUGGUGUCUUCUUUAUUGGGCCACUAUUAGGUCCAUCCUUGGGGACCCUUAUAGGUGGUUUUCUUUGUGAGUUUCUUGGAUGGCAAUCUACUUUUUACUUUACAGCAAUAGUUGGUGGUGUUGUUUUAGUUUUGGUAGCCUUCUUCCUCCCAGAGACAGUGCGAAAGACCAGACCUAAAGUAGUAGAAGGCAAGGCAUCCAGCGUGUUUAAGAACCUGCGCAUGGCAUUUGCUCCAAUGAUUGUCAUGUUAGGCGAUCCAACGAUUCUAAUCAUGACAUUAUAUGGUUCAAUAAUCUUUGCUUCCCUCUUCUUUUUGAACCCCACCAUCACGGUUACGUUUGAGACACUGUAUAACUACAACGCAUGGCAAGUGGGUCUCUGCUACCUCUGCUUGGGUGCGGGCAUGAUAUGUGGUUCCGUGCUUAGUGGCAUCUACUCUGAUAGGAUCAUCCAGGACCUUCGCAAUAGACUUGGAUCAGAAAACGUUUACCCAGAAUUGCGAUUAAAGGCUGUAUAUCCAUCAUUUGUCUUAAUUCCUGCAGGUUACUUGCUUUACGCUUGGACCACAGAAAAGCAUUUGGCUGUUUAUGGGCCACUGAUAGGUCUAUUUGUUUAUGCUGUAGGUCAAAUGUUUGCCGUCAAUCCGUCGUCUGUGUACUAUGUCGAUAGUAAACCCGGCAGAUCGGCGAGUGCUGUUUCAUUGAAUAAUUGUGCAAGGUCUUUAUUGGGUGCAAUUGUUACCAUCUUUUCUACUUCAUGUGUGCGCUCUGCUGGCUCAGGCAUAGUGUUUACUAUUCUGGCUGCAAUCAGUGUGCUGAAUAUUACAUUUGUGUUGCUAGUCAAAGUAUAUGGCCGCAAAUGGCGAACAGCUUUUGAAGAAAGAACGAACACAGCACCUGCUACUGUGGCAAAUCCUAUGAGUAGUGAUAAUAGUUUGAGUGUUUCAAGUGAUAAUAUGCAGCAGAAAGCUUAA